UUAUCUAGGUUAUAGUGUUUGCUGGCGCUGGGGUCAUCCACUUCUAUUUUCACUCAGUACGUCCCAGGGCAUUGCAGAGUGGGGAAAGUCCCACCCGUUCUAAGGACGAUGCAAAAUAUCCAUAGUGAAAGGUUCAUUAUUCCUUUUCAAACGUUUACUGGACACCUCUGUUCUGUGCCUGGCACUUUGAUGGUCUCUGGAGUCGGGAAAAGGAUUCAGGAACUCAUAGUCUGGACUGAGACGGUUUCAGUCCGCCAUGGAUAUGUUUACAGAGCUGAGGCAUCACAGAGAAGGCGGACCCAGCCUCGAUGCCCACUUGAAAGGCCGGAAGCACCGGGAUCUUGUACAACUACGAGCUACCAGAAAGGCCCAGGGACUUCGAAGUGUGUUCGUCAGUGGCUUUCCCAGGGAUGUGGGUUCUGCUCAGCUUUCUGAGUAUUUCCAGACAUUUGGCCCUGUGGCCAACAUUGUCAUGGACAAGGACAAGGGGGUGUUUGCCAUCGUGGAGAUGGGUGAUGUAAGUGCUCGGGAGGCUGUCUUAUCACAGCCCAAGCACAGGCUGGGGGAACAUGGACUGCGUGUUCGGCCGAGGGAGCAGAAGGAGUUCCAGAGCCCAGCCUCCAAGUCUCCCAAAGGAGUGGACUCAGAUAGCCGACAGCUGGCCCAAGCACUGGCCGAGGCCCCAGAUGUGGAGGCACAGAUGGUAAAGCUUGUGGAACUGAGGGAGUUGUCUGAGGCUGAGCGGCAGCUUCGGAAUCUUGUUGUGGCGCUGAUGCAGGAGGUCUUCACAGAGUUCUUCCCCGGCUGUGUGGUCCAUCCUUUUGGCUCUUCUGUGAACAGCUUUGAUGUUCAUGGCUGUGAUCUGGACCUCUUCUUGGAUCUGGGUGAUACGGAAGAGCCGCAGCCAGCCCCACAGACUCUCAAGGCUCCAUCACCUCCAUCCGUGGACUCAGCACUUGCUUUUUCCCUGGAUCAUCAAGCGCUGGCCUGUACCCCAGCUUCUCCUCUGGACUCACCGUCUCCAACUUCUCUCCAAGAUUCUGAGGUCCUGGACUUGGAAACCACAUCUUCUCUGGCACCACAGACACCAGAUUCUGCUUUGGGCUCUGACACCGUCACUUCUCCCCAGUCCCUGCCUCCAGUUUCGCCACUACAGGACGAGAGGGGAGAGGAGAAACUGGGGAAGGCCCUAGAGUUAGCAGAAGCUUCAAAGGACGAGAAGGAGGAGGCGGCAGCAGUGCUAGAGAUGGUGGGCUCUAUUCUCCGGGGCUGUGUCCCCGGAGUUUACAGAGUCCAGACUGUGCCCUCGGCCCGGCGCCCUGUGGUCAAGUUCUGCCAUCGGCCUUCAGGUCUUCAUGGAGACAUCUCCCUCAGUAACCGGCUAGCCCUUUAUAACUCCCGUUUCCUGAAUCUCUGCUCUGAGAUGGAUGGUCGAGUCCGGCCCCUUGUGUAUACUGUACGCUGCUGGGCUCAGCAUAAUGGGCUGUCAGGGGGUGGCCCCCUUCUCAAUAACUACGCCUUGACGUUGCUAGUGAUCUACUUCCUUCAGACCAGAGACCCUCCAGUGCUUCCUACUGUGGCCCAGCUCACCCAGAAGUCAGGUGAAGGGGAGCAGGUAGAAGUUGAUGGCUGGGACUGUAGUUUCCCAAAGGAUGCCUCACGACUGGAGCCCAGUACCAACGCUGAGCCUCUCAGUUCCCUGCUGGCCCAGUUCUUCUCCUGUGUUUCUGGCUGGGAUCUUUCCGGCUCCCUGCUGUCCCUGCGGGAAGGUCAGGCGUUGCUGGUAGCAGGGGGCCUGCCUUCUGAUCUUUGGGAGGGGCUGCGCCUUGGCCCCAUGAAUCUCCAGGACCCCUUUGACCUGAGUCACAAUGUUGCCGCUAAUGUAACCAGUCGGGUGGCGAGGCGGCUGCAGAGCUGUUGCGGGGCGGCGGCCAGUUACUGCCGAAGUCUCCAGUACCGGCAGCGCUCCUCCCGGGGCCGCGACUGGGGACUGCUCCCACUCUUGCAGCCCAGCUCCACUAGCUCCCUGCUGUCUGCCAAGCUCAUCCCCCUGCCCCCCGCCCCCUUUCCUCAGAUCACCGUGGCUCUGGUGCGUGUGUUAAAGGAAGCGCUUGGGUGCCAUAUAGAACAGGGAACCAAGAGACCGCGGCCGGAAGGGGCCAGAACCAAAGACUCUCCCCUGGGAGGGACAAACAAAAGACGGAGACUAGAUGGGCAAGAAGAGAGCUGUGAGGAGGGGAAGGAGGAGCCGCAGGGAUGUGCAGGGGACCACAGUGAAAAUGGGGUGGAAGAAAUGGUAACAGAGACACCUCAGGACAGGGCCUUGAGCUCUGGGCCACCAGGGGAGCCGCCCCUGGUGACUGCAAAGUGUCUGGAGAAGCUGGCUGAGCAGAAGCCCACGGAGCCUGACGUGGCUGGAGGAGGGUCUCAGGGUGAGACAGGGAAGGAGACGUUACACCUGUCGUCAGUGAGCUGGCGCUGUGCCUUGUGGCACCAAGUGUGGCAGGGGAGGCGGCGUGCCCGGAGACGAUUACAGCAACAAACCAAAGAGGAAGGCAGAGGAGGUCCCACCACUGGAGCAGAGUGGCUGGCAAUGGAGGCCCGUGUAACCCAGGAACUGAAAGGACUCAACAGUGAGCAACAGAGGCUACAGGGGGAGCCUCUCCUCACUUUUGUGACAUCUGUCUCCCAAGCUGACCAGACACUCACUGUGGUGCCAGUUCAAGAUUCCCAAGGCCUAUUCCCUGGUCUUCAUCAUUUCCUACAGGUGUUUCUCCCUCAAGCACUUAAAAAUCUCCUUAAGUGAUGAGCCAGGCCUCAAAGAUAAUAAAGCUGCUAGUUUAUUUAAUACAGA